AUGCAAAUUUUCACUUUCAUUGCUGAACCUGGCGAUGAAUGGAUGUCAUUUGGAUGUUUCUCCAAUGCUCAACAAACAGCUCCCGUGCGUGAAAGAAAUCUUUUGUUCUUCAUUGCUCAAACAACCGCAAAAACUGUAAAAAUGUCUGUCGUUGUGGAAUCAUGUGGCAUGUUUAUUGUUGUCAUAAAAACAUUGCUUUAUGCAACUGUUGCUGUCACAUCAUGUCGCGUUGCUAAACAAACAAAAAACAUUCAAUGGUUUCGUUGCAUGCGACAAGAGGAAAAAAUGUUUUCAGUUCUCAACAAAACCUCAUUGAAUAAAUCAUUAAGUUGA